UGGCGUUUGUUUCUUUUUGCUAAACGUCAACUUCUUACAAAUACACAUAAAUCUACGAGUAUAAACACAUUAAUAUAUUAUACAAACGUUGGAGGCUGUGUAGUGUGCCAUAUUCGUCCAGUAUGAGCGGGGGUUUGGCACCAAGCAAAAGCACCGUGUAUGUGUCGAACCUGCCAUUCUCUCUCACCAACAAUGACAUACACAAGCUAUUCACCAAAUAUGGAAAGGUUGUAAAGGUUACAAUUGUUAAGGAUAAAGAUACUCGCCAGAGUAAAGGAGUAGCGUUUGUUCUCUUCCUGGACAGAGAAUCGGCUCAUAACUGUGCACGAGCAGUGAACAAUAAGCAGUUGUUUGGCAGAACAGUGAAAGCGAGCAUUGCCGUAGACAAUGGGCGAGCAACAGAGUUCAUAAAAAGACGGAACUAUACAGACAAGACUAAAUGUUACGAAUGUGGGGACACCGGUCAUCUGAGCUACGCGUGCCCCAAAAACAUUCUGGGAGAGAGGGAACCUCCGAAGAAGAAAGAAAAGAAAAAAAAGAAAAAGGCUGAACAACCUGAGCAUGUUGAAGAAGAGGAAGAAGAAAGUGAAGAAGAGGGAGAAGACCCAACCUUAGAUAGUCUGAGCCAAGCCAUAGCUUUUCAGCAAGAGCGUAUCGAGGAAGAGGAGACGCAGAGGAAGCAGGCACGUGUGUCUCAAGAGGAAGGCGCUUCAACAUCCUCAGACUCUAAGAAACCAAGGAUCAAAAAGAGUGCAUACUUCAGCGACGAGGAGGAGCUUAGUGACUAAGCAUAAUAACAAUAAUACACAAGUUGGACAUCGUUGUUUGUCAAAUAGUGCUUUAUUUUUUAUUUUUUAAUUGAAUUGUGUUAUAGUUGGGAUGCUUCCAUUUAUACUGAUAAAACAUGAUUUUUUUUCUUCUUGUAUAUAGAACUAAGACAUUUUUUUUCUGUUUCCAGAAAUACUGUAAUAGUUGAUUGAAUGUGUGUGCUUUUUUCUAUGUCAGUCAAUAAAACCUUGUUUCCUACUGACAAACCAAAACAAUUGUUGGUUGAUUGAGUGUUAAAUGCAGAAUCAGAUAAAGAAUCCUGAAGAAGGUAAUUUACUACUUUUCUUAGCUCGAUGAAAUAAUUGGGAGCUGAUGCUGGAAAUAUCCAUUUUUAUUAAUCAUUGAUCAAUUUAGUGGUUGGACUAUUUUUUUUUACAUAAAACAAAUUUUGUCCAUAAAAUGUCAAAAGCGUUUUUUAUAGUCUACUGUUGAGCAUAAGGUUGUGUAUUUCAUAUGACCAUUUUUUCUACUUGGUACAUUUUCAACAAGGAUUAAACGAUGGGC